ACACAGCUCCUGGCAGUAUCGCUGCAGCUGCUCGGGGGUUCGACCGCUGUAUGGUGUCAAACCCGCAUGACAGCAGACUUAGACAUGAAUGGGUUACAUUUAAGUCUCCUUUUAGCCUGUAUUAUAUGGGUUGCAGAAUCUCAUAUCAUUCCAGAGGAAAAACAAGAGAAAGUCAGCAGUCACAAUAUUUUCCGUGUUUCAGAGAUUCUUCCACGAAUAUCCAUUAUUGAUUUGAAAAAAGCUUCUCGGAGGGUGAGCAGAGCAGAAGCCGAAAAGAAUAAACGGGUGGCAAAGAAAAAGGAUGUUCCUGAAAAGAAGAAGACAUGGACACCACCUCCCAACUGUGUGCCUCUUAAAUCUAGCUGUAAGCCACCUGCACCACCCUGCUGUGAUCCCUGCGCUUUCUGUUACUGCCAUUUCUUCAAAACUGUCUGCAUCUAUAAGAUGGGUUAUCCAAAUUGCUAA